AUUUUCCAUCAACAAUAAUAUCCUGCCUGUACUUGUUGAAACAUUGUACGUAUCUUCUAAAUAGCAAAGAGAAGAUGGGUAUUAGUUAUGACAGGAAAGCUGAACUCAUAGCGUUCGACGAAACCAAAACCGGGGUGAAAGGACUUGUAGAUGCGUGAAUAACGGAGGUCCCUCGGAUAUUCCUCGUACCUUCCCCUGAAAACUUAAACUCCGACCAAGAGCUUAGUCUUCCGACCAUCGACCUCAAAGGAAUCCAUGAAGAUCCUAUUCGGAGAAAGCAGGCGAUGGAAGAAGUGAAGGAUGCGUUGGGCAGUUGGGGGUUCUUUCAGAUAGUGAACCAUGGAAUUCCGGUUGACGUGUUGGAGGAUAUGAAAAAAGGAGUUUUAGGGUUUUUUGAGCAGGAUAGUGAGGUGAGGAAGCAGUGGUACACAAGGGAUCGCUCUGCGAAUAGGGUGGUGUAUAACAGCAACUUUGACUUGUACUCUGCACCGGUGACUAACUGGCGAGACUCUUUCGUGUGCCGCAUGUAUCCGAAUCCUCCUCAACCAGAAGAGUUGCCACCGCCUUGCAGAGAUAUUUUGUUGGAGUACUCGAGCCAAGUAAUGAAACUCGGAUGUUCUAUAUUGGAACUGAUGUCCGAGGCUCUAGGGCUCGAACCUAAUCACCUUUGGGACAUGGGAUGUGCUACACAACUUCAAGUAACAAGCCAUUACUAUCCUCCUUGUCCACAACCUGAGUUAACAAUGGGCAUAACCGAACAUACUGAUGCUGGUUUCAUUACGAUUCUUCAACAAGAUCAGAUUGGUGGUCUCAAGGUCCUUUACAAGGACCAAUGGACCCAUGUUCAUCCUAUACAAGGAGCUCUUGUUGUAAAUGCGGGAGAUCUUUUACAGCUAAUUACAAACGACAAGUUUGUUAGCGCACAACACAAAGUAGUGGCAAACAAGGUAGGUCCACGAAUAUCGGUGGCUUCAUUUUUUUUGACAGACCUGAUGACUCAAAACCCUAAGGUAUUAGAACCGAUUAAAGAGUUGCUUUCUGAGGAUAAUCCAGCCAAGUAUAGAAGCACGACCGGAAAAGAAUUUUUGGAUUACUUCUACAAAAAAGGACUUGAUGCAACACCUGCUCUUACGUAUUUCAAGAUAUAGCAGAAUUACACAUUGUUCGGGAAAAUGGAACCAUGAUGAAGCUCUCCAUUCUAGGGCUGUACAAUAAGCAUGGAAUUUCAGUGUGAUUUAGUAGACAAAUGAUGCUUUUUUAUAUUAUAAUUUUAGACCUUAGUGAUUGUAUUAUGGUUAGACCUACUAUUUAUGUAAUGGUAAGUUCAUUCUUAUUAAUCUUCUCCAAGCAUAUAUCAUAUUUUUCUCUAUGAGAGUUGUAAGAUCCCCGAGUGCACUAUUAAUGAUAAUAAAUUUCUGAUUAA